CAGUCCGAGAAUCUGUACACCGAUCUUAACCAGACUUGGGAGGAGAAACUCAGCACAACGGAGAAGAUCCACAAAGAACGAGAGGCUGCUUUAGAGGAGUUCGGGAUCAGCAUCGAGGAGGGAUUCGUGAGCCUGACGACGCCGAUGCCUCAUUUGGUCAAUCUCAGCGACGAUCCUGUACUGGCGGGGUGUCUUGUCUACAACCUGAAGCCUGGUACUACG